GUUUAUUUAGCUUGUCUGAAAAUGUCUGAUGUGUUCAAUACAGUGAGAAAAAUCAACAAUUGCAAAGGAUAAUCCAUAGGUGAACAGUGUGCAGAGCAAGCAGAGAGCGCUCCCUGCAUGCCAGUGAUUUGGCAGUGCUUAUGUCCAAAAUUUCACAUUUAUUUCUGCUAAAAAACUACCAAAGCUGAGAGAAGACCACAGGGAAGUAGUUAAAAUUUUGAGACACUGUGGCUGUCAGUGUCAAGACAGGGAAUUGCGAGCGGAAUCUAGGGAAGGAAAUAAGAUUGUGCAGAAUUAACGAGGAGGAGCAUCCUAUGAAUGAUCAGUGAGUAAAGUUAGUUUGAUCUUCGUGUCAUCAGUGUCAGAAAACUUGCUCAGGUGUUGGUGUUUUGUGGCAGUUCUAUUGUCAGUGACUUUGGGUUAGAUUUUUCCAGCUUCUGGGCUUGACUGCAGGGCUUAUUUCACAGGUGAGUUUCAACAUUUGCUCCUGCCUCCUGCCCUAUAUAUUGCCUGUCCCUGGGACCUCUCUGGGACACAGCCUGUCUCCUCUUGCAUUAUCUUCUUUCUCAGCCCAUCCAUGUUUCCAGGGAAAUGUGCUUUUCAGUGUGUUUUCAUGAUUACAGAUGUACUGAGGGAAUGCAUACCAGAGGUCAAUCCUAGGAUGAAUUUGGAAGUACAGAAGUUGAAAGCAUCAGUAAAUCCUGCAGUUACUGCUAUUGUUCCUUAUUGCUGCACAAUUGGCUGGGCUGAGCUGUGUAUUAGUUUCAUUUCUGUCAAGAACAGCAAUGACCAGAUUGUUUAUAGAAUCUGCAGCACUGGGGCACUGAAUUUGGUUCAGCCUUGCUUUAUUUUUCCCCCAAGAUUUUAAGUUAGUGCUAACUUUCAGAACCAUGAAAUGAUUGUCUUUUGCUUUUCUUUCCAACUUUUUGGUACUUCUUUUUUCAGAGAUGAAUCUUAAUUCCCCGUUUUGUCUUUUAAAGACCCUGCCUGAGCCCUUCAGUCUCCUUUGUACUCAAGUUGUAAGUUAUCUGUGCCAAAAUGACUCUGCAGGAGUGAGUCAGCAUCUUCCUUCAGACCUUCAUUGUCUGCUGGUGGGGAAGGUCAGCCAAAAAUUCUACUUGUUGCAUCAUGUGGAAUUAGCCAGAACUGUGCCUUUCCCUUAAUUCAAUUAGUAGCCAUGUUGCUGAAGAUCACCUUGUCUUCUGGAAGCAGAAACACAAUGAACAGAUGAAUCCCUUCAGCCGGAUAUUACUCCAGUAGGUCUCCUCCUCCUCAUGGAGCACACAGGCAGGGAGGAGAUGGACUUGAAAGAGGAAAGUCCUCAGGUGUGGACUGAAUCUGCAGGACAGGAACAGAGUACUGCUCAGGUGCACUUUGUCCCCGAGGGGGGGGCAGUGGCCCAGAUCAUGUACAGUGAUGAGCAGGAGCGCGGCCCUGCACAGCAGGUGGUUUACACGGCUGACGGCACCUCCUACACCUCUGUGGACACCUCGGAGCACACCCUCGUUUACAUCCACCCCGUGGAAGCUACGCAGACUCUGUUUACAGAUCCGUCCCAAGUGGCUUACGUCCAACAGGAUGCUACCACCCAGCAGGUAACGGUGCUCUUGCCUGCUGCUGCUCAGAGCAUGAAUCCCACCAACCUGUCUGUGCUCGGCAGCGUUGCUGACCCCCCCCAGCCAGUGGCUCUGGAGCAGGGGCCACAAGCAGAUAGAGCAUCGUUACCGGUGCAUAACCAGGUGUUACCUCCUAUGGAGGCUGUGGAUGGUUCUGAUCCUUUGGCACCUCUGCAGAAUCAAAUGGAAAGGAUAGAAACAAAAGAGGAAGAUGAUGAGGAUGAAGAUGAGGAUGAAGAUGGUGAAGACACUGACAUGGACGAGUGGGAUCCAGAUCCACCUCGACCCUUUGAUCCCAAUGAUUUGUGGUGUGAAGAGUGUAAUAACGCACAUCCCUCAGUGUGUCCAAAACACGGACCUUUGCAUCCCAUCCCAAACCGGCCUGUGCUGACCAGGGCAAGGGCCAGCCUUCCCCUGGUACUCUAUAUAGACAGGUUUUUGGGAGGUGUGUUCUCCAAAAGGCGCAUCCCAAAGCGUACACAGUUUGGGCCUGUGGAAGGACCCCUGGUCAGACAGACUGAGCUCAAAGACUGCUAUAUCCAUUUGAAGGUUUCUCUUGAUAAGUGUGACAGAAAAGACCGAGACUUGCAAGAGGACUUGUGGUUUGAACUUUCCAGUGAGGCUCUGUGUAACUGGAUGAUGUUUGUGCGUCCAGCUCAAAAUCACCUGGAGCAGAACCUGGUGGCCUAUCAGUACGGCCACCACAUUUAUUACACCACCAUUAAAAAUGUGGAGCCCAAGCAGGAACUCAAGGUGUGGUAUGCUGCCUCCUACGCUGAGUUUGUGAACCAGAAGAUCCAUGACAUAACUGAGGAGGAAAGGAAGGUGCUCAGGGAGCAGGAAAAGAACUGGCCAUGUUACGAGUGCAGUCGGCGUUUCAUGAGCUCGGAGCAGCUCCAGCAGCACCUCAACUCCCAUGACGAGAAGCUGGACUUCUUCAGCAGCAGAACCAGAGGCCGAGGUCGUGGGCGAGGAAAGAGAAGAUUUGGACCAGGCAGACGCCCUGGGCGCCCUCCCAAAUUCAUGCGCAUGGAAGUAACCAGUGAAAAUGGUGAAAAGUGCGAAGAAGGAACACAGGACUUGCUGCAUUUUUCCAGCAAGGGGCAGUUUGAUGAGGCCGGACAAGCCCCACUGAAUGGGCUGGAGCAGCAGGAACAGACUCCAGUGCCAACAGAGCCUCAAGCAGCACUGGAGCAGCAGGAAAACCAUGUGCUCCAUGUACAGCCACAGCACGAGGGCAACACGGUGCCCACACAGAGCACUGUGACAGCAGAUGACAUGAGGCGAGCAAAGCGCAUCAGGAAUGCAGCUCUGCAGCACCUGUUCAUCCGGAAAUCCUUCCGCCCGUUCAAAUGCUUGCAGUGUGGGAAGGCCUUCCGGGAGAAGGACAAGCUGGACCAGCACCUGCGGUUCCAUGGGCGGGAAGGGAACUGCCCUUUGACCUGUGACAUCUGCAACAAGGGCUUCAUCAACAGCGGUGCCCUCGAGGGCCACAUGAAGUUCCACAUGGACCAGAAAACAUACUCCUGCAUUUUCUGCCCUGAGUCCUUUGACCGCUUGGAUCUGCUUAAGGAUCACGUGGCCAUCCAUGUCAAUGAUGGCUAUUUCACCUGCCCCACCUGCAAGAAACGCUUCCCAGAUUUUAUCCAGGUCAAGAAACAUGUGCGCAGUUUCCAUUCUGAGAAGAUUUACCAGUGUACAGAGUGUGACAAGGCUUUUUGCCGCCCUGACAAGCUGCGACUCCACAUGCUGCGGCACUCGGACCGCAAAGACUUCCUGUGCUCCACCUGUGGCAAGCAGUUCAAGAGGAAGGACAAGCUGCGAGAGCACAUGCAGAGAAUGCACAACCCAGAGAGGGAGGCCAAGAAGGCUGAUCGGAUCAGCCGCUCCAAAACCUUCAAGCCCCGGAUCGCGUCCACUGACUAUGAGAGCUUCAUGUUCAAGUGCCGCCUCUGCAUGAUGGGCUUCCGCCGCAGGGGCAUGUUGGUGAAUCAUUUAUCAAAGAGACAUCCAGACAUGAAAAUAGAAGAGGUGCCAGAGCUCACGUUGCCCAUCAUAAAACCCAACAGAGAUUACUUCUGUCAAUACUGCGAUAAGGUGUACAAGAGUGCCAGCAAACGCAAAGCACACAUACUGAAAAACCAUCCUGGUGCUGAGCUACCUCCAAGCAUCCGGAAACUGCGUCCUGCAGGACCGGGAGAGCCAGAUCCUAUGCUAAGCACCCACACACAGCUGACAGGCACCAUCGCCACCCCUCCAGUGUGCUGCCCUCACUGUUCCAAGCAAUACAGCAGUAAGACAAAGAUGGUGCAGCACAUCCGCAAGAAGCACCCAGAGUUUGCUCAGCUCCCGAACACGAUCCAUGCGCCACUGGCAACGGCUGUCAUCAGUUCCACGCCAGCUGUUCUCACCACUGACAGCACAACUGGAGAAACUGUUGUGACAACAGAUUUACUGACCCAAGCAAUGACAGAGAUAUCCCAGACUCUCACUACAGAUUACCGGACUCCCCAGGGAGAUUACCAGCGCAUCCAGUACAUCCCUGUGUCUCAAUCCACAACUGGCUUGCAGCAGCCUCAGCACAUACAGCUGCAGGUUGUUCAAGUGGCCCAGGCUACCUCACCUCACCAGUCCCAGCACUCCACAGUGGAUGUUGGGCAGCUCCAUGACCCCCAGACAUACACCCAACAUGCCAUCCAGGUGCAGCACAUCCAGGUGACAGAGCCAUCACCAGCAACUCAGUCAUCAUCACAGGCUGGGGGUCAGCCUUUGAGUCCCUCCUCGCAACAACCUCAGCAGGAGCUCAGCCCCUCACAGAUGCAGACAACUACAUCGACACCAAACCAAGCCCUCCAGCAGCAGCAAGGCUCCUCAGUCCAGCACACAUAUCUUCCCAGCAACUGGAACUCAUUUCGGAGCUACUCAUCAGAGAUUCAGAUGAUGACCAUCCCCCAAGGGCAGUACGUGAUCACGGAGACUGCUGUGGGUACCCCGGUCACCUCUGUCAACACAGGGCAAGUAAAAGCAGUUACUCAGACUCACUACGUGAUAUCUGAAGGUCAGCCUGAUCUGGAUGGUAAACAAAACUCUUCACUCUCCAGUGAGGUUUCCCAGCCCACAGCCCACACAGAUCCCUUGGAAUCCCAGACAAGCAACCAGCAGCAAACCACCCAGUACAUCAUCACAACCACCACCAACGGGAGUGGCGGGAGUGAAGUGCACAUCUCCAAACCCAGGACUUUCUCAGCAGAGCAUGAGUGAAAGAGCCUCAUGGUGCCAUUUGCUUGUCCUUGCCACCUCCCUGACAGCCCAGAUGUGGGGGUACCCUGGGGCUCUGUAUGUUUUAAUGUAUAUGCUCACUUACCUUCCACUAAAACCUUGGAGCUCUU